AUGGCGGGUGGGUGGCGGGCGCUGCUGCGCGCUGCCCGGCGCUACCCGUGGCCCACGAACGUGCUGCUCUACGCGGCGCUCUUCUCCGCCGGCGACGCGCUGCAGCAGCGGCUACGGGGCGGUCCGGCCGACUGGCAGCAGACGCGGCGCGUGGCCACCGUGGCCGUGACCUUCCACGCCAACUUCAACUACGUAUGGCUGCGCGUGCUGGAGCGCGCGCUGCCCGGCCGUGCUCCGCGCGCCGUGCUGCUCAAGGUGCUGUGCGAUCAGGCGAUCGGCGGGCCAGUGGCCGUCUCGGCCUUCUAUGCCGGCAUGAGUAUUCUCCAGGAAAAGGAUGACAUAUUUUUGGACCUGAAACAGAAAUUCUGGAAUACGUACAAGAGUGGUCUGAUGUACUGGCCCUUUGUGCAGCUGACCAACUUCAGCUUGGUUCCCACGCACUGGAGGACAGCUUACACUGGACUUUGUGGUUUUCUGUGGGCUACCUUCCUCUGCUUUUCACAACAGAGCGGUGAUGGCACGUUCAAGUCUGCUUUCACCUUCCUUCAUGUGAAAGAGGCCGGUGCCGUUGAAAGGCCUCCCGAGAAAUGA